AUGCCACCUAGAAGAGAUACCGCAGUUAACAGAAGUGGUAAUGGUGGGAAUGAGGCUAACGCUCCCACUAAUGCUCAACUGGCUCAUGGACUUCAACAGCUGACACAAUUGACUCAGACUUUGGGUGCUACACUACUUCAAAAUGGCAAUGGAAACGACGUUGCUAAAAAGAAGGUGGAGGCUGCUGUGUACUACUUGCAACAAGAAGCUGUUAUUUGGUGGGCAAAUAAUGGGCACGUUCUUCGUCAACAACCUGACUUUGACUGGGAGGCCUUCAAGACUGCUAUGAGGGAUCGAUUCUACCCUGAGCAUGUUAAGGCUACAAUGUAUGAGGAGUUCUUGCACUUGAAGCAAGGCAAUUUAUCUGUGCAAGAGUAUCAUGCAAAAUUCUUAGAGCUUGCUCGUUUUGCAUCUAAGUUGGUCCCUGAUGAGGUUAGCAAGGCAGAGAAAUUCAUUAGGGGACUAACUUUUGGGAUUCAAAAGGUGAUUUGCGUCCUUGGAUGUCAAACACUGAAUGAGGCAUACAAAAAGGCUGCUAACCUUUACCGUGUGGAAUUAAUUCAAAGAGAAGCCAACGUGAAGAGUAGGAGGAGAAUGGAGAGUAAUGAGGAAGAAAACAAACAAGGGGAUAAAAGGCCAAGGUUCAACAAUCAAGGGUCAAAUAAAGGAUUUCAAAACAAUAAGGGUAAUGCAGGUUAUCGUGGUGACAAUAGGCAAGGAAAUCAAGGGCAGAAACACAAUGGAACAGAGAAGUAUCACUACUGCAAGAGAUGUGGAAAUGGACACCCUGGGAAGGAUUGCCAAGGAAAUCUAGUGAAAUGCUUCAAAUGCCAAAAGAUGGGACAUCGAGCGUAUGAAUGUCAUUUAGAACUAAAUGGGAACAAUCAAGCAACAGAUAAUGGAGGUCAAAAUACCAAUGAUGGGAAGAACAAUCGAGGGAGGAUCUUCGUCAUGAGUAGAGCUCAGGCUGAGGCCAGUGGUGUGGUUUCUCGUGAUGUUGUGUGA